AUGGAUUGGAGGGGUGCAGGUACAUUUGACAGCGUUGCUCAAGCAGAGUUUAUAAUGGAACAAAUAGCUUAUGAACUAUCCUUAGAUCCAGUUGAAGUCAGGUUAAAUAACUUGAAACCAGAAUUUACCAGUUCUCUAGUUGAAAUGUACAACACUCUCAAAAAAGACGGUCAAUAUGAAGACAGAAGAGCAUUUGUAAAUCAAUUUAACAAACAGAAUAGAUGGAAAAAGCGAGGAUUAAGAUUUUCCUUCUUAAACUUCAAUGUUUUUCCUUACGCACGUUAUAACGUUAUUCUAUCAGUAUACUUUGGUGACGGCACUGUUGUCAUAAACCACGGAGGCAUUGAAAUGGGUCAAGGAAUCAACACGAAAUGCGCCCAAAUUUGCGCCUAUUAUUUAAACAUUCCUGUCGAAAACAUUCAAGUAAAAAGCACAAAUACUAUUAUCUCUCCAAACUGUGUUGAAUCUGGGGCGAGUCUGACGUCACAGAACAUUGGUUUAGGAGUCUUUAGGUGUUGUAUGAAACUAUUAAAAAGACUUGAACCUAUCAAAGCAGAAAUGCCGAAUGCCUCUUGGAUUGAAGUGAUACAAACGGCAAAUGAUUCUAAAAUAGAUUUGCAAGUCCAAGACUUUAUUACGGAGGAUGAUCCAGCGAGGUACGAUUAUAAUGUUUUUGGGAUUGCGUUGACUGAAGUAGAAAUAGAUGUGCUGACUGGUGAAUAUGAGUUAUUAAGAGUGGAUAUUCUGGAAGACGUUGGUAGAAGUGUUAGUCCUGAACUCGAUGUUGGUCAGGUAGAAGGUGCAUUUAUAAUGGGUCUAGGGUACUGGACCAGUGAAAAGCUGUUCUAUGAUGAAAAUACUGGCGAACCACUAACAAAUCGGACCUGGAACUAUAAAGUUCCUAUGUGCACUGACAUACCACAAGACCUCAGAGUUUAUUUCAGAAAGAAUUCGUUUACAUUCGAACCUAUACAGGGAGCAAAGAUUGUUGGUGAACCUCCUUUGUGUUUAUCAGUAGGAAUACCAUUAGCUAUAAGAGAAGCUAUAUCACAAGCCAGGCUAGAAUCAAAUAUACCUCCAACUGACUGGUUUCCAAUCGAUGGCCCGUCGUCAGUGGAAACUGUGGGUUUACUGUCUGCCACCGAUCUUAAAGAUUUGGUAUUGAACUGAUGCAAUAAUAAUGUAUUAUUUAUCAAAGCCAUAUUACAAUAGUGUAAAGCACGGAUACUUCACGUUCACUUUUUGUUAAUUAAUUUAUAAUGUAUUUGCU